AUGAACCACCUCUAUGUUAACAUCCCUGAGCAGCCUCCAGUGAUCAGUCUGUCCCAGAGAGAGAGGGUGAUCCUGAGGAGAGGAGAGCAGUUUGAGAUCACCUGCAGCUCCUCCAACCUCAACCCUGACUUCAGCAUUAAGUGGGACUUCCCUGUUGGAGCGCGUGCCUUCCAGGCCCACACCUCCCACAUCCUGGCUGGUUCCCGUGGUUACCAACGCUCCACCUCCCUCUGGAUCACCUCUGUCAACCAAUCAGACGCCGGGACAUACCGAUGCCACGCCCAAAACGAGAGGGGCGCCACCACCGAUACCCUGCACCUGGAUGUCCGUGAGCGAGGCUUCAUCAGUGUGCUGGGUGACUCCCGGCCUAGCCAGUCUGCUGUCAGAGAAGGGGAGAGCCUAAGCCUCAGGGUAGAGUUGGAGUCCUACCCCAGACCAGGCACUCUGUCCUGGGCUUACAACGGCAAGAUCCUCCAAAACACCACGGAGCACGUCAUCACUGUGCGACGACACCGAUACAGGUACACCAGUGAGCUGCGUUUGGUGAGGGUCCAUGGGUCAGAGAGCGGGAUCUAUACCUUCCUAGUCAAUCAUGAGGACGCCUCUGUCAAUCAAUCAUUCCCUGUCUAUGUGAACAGUAAGCCUGUCAUCAUUUCCCAGGAGGGACCAGUUGAUGGACAGGUGCGCUGCGUUGCCGCCGGUUACCCGACCCCUAAAAUCAGCUGGUUCUACUGUGAACUCCCCCACACACGGUGUUCCCACCUGACCAACGCCAGCCAACGGGAGCAGCGGGAGGUUGCCACGGUAACGGUAUCAGACUCGGCCUUCGGCAGCAGCGAGGUGGAGAGCCGACUGAACGUCACGAAGGGAGACGCACACACACACUUCCACACGUUGGAGUGUGUAGCGACCGCGCAGGGCGAGCAGGCUUACACACUGUUCUCCAUCAGCGAGCGCACUGUGCCCCAUAAGCUCUUCACCCCCCUGCUGACUGGUGUGGUUGUUACAGCUGUGGUACUGAGCAUCACACUGGUGGUUCUCCUCUACAAAUACCUUCAGAAGCCCAAGUUCCAGAUCCAGUGGAAGGUGAUCGACAGUAUCCACGGCAACAACUACAUCUACGUCGACCCCACCCAGCUGCCCUACGACGCCAAGUGGGAAUUUCCCAGGCAGAAACUACGCUUUGGUAAGACUCUGGGUUCAGGGGCCUUCGGUAAGGUGGUGAGAGCUACAGCCUAUGGACUCUGUUCUGCUGACUCCGUCAUGACUGUCGCUGUCAAGAUGCUCAAACCGAGCGCCCACUCCACCGAGAAGGAGGCUCUGAUGUCGGAGCUGAAGGUUCUCAGUUACCUUGGCAACCACGUCAACAUCGUCAACCUGCUGGGAGCUUGCACUGUGGGAG